AGGUGAAUGGGACCAACUCUCGAAUUGCGGCCUCUCACAGCCGCAGUUGACGCUCGGAGACAAAAAAAAAAAAAAAGGACAAAAAGGAAAACAAAAACAAAAAGCUGUUGAUGGCAGCGCCCGUGGCUGGCAUGGGUCCAACUUCCGGGCUGCAUGCUGGGCCCAACCUGGAGAAGGGCCGCCGGGCGAUGGGCAGAUGCUGGCGGUGAGGGAAGCGCUUUGCCUGGGGCAUGCAUUAGUGCCAGCUUGACCGCCUCCCGAGGUGUGUCGGGAAGGUUUCGUCCUUGCAGCUGGGGAGUUGCGUGUCUCGUUCAUGCAGGCUGCCUGUCCCCGAAGCCGACAGGUGGUCAGGUCCUUUCGUCAGAGGGCUGGACUGGACGAGUAGGUACGAAGUACGGAGUACGACUACAGGACUUACUGUCGUCUACUGUGGAGGGCGGACGGGCCACGGCCGACCCGAAGUCGACUCCAGUUGCCAGGUGGCUGUUGCUCAGGUAUCACGCGAUAAGCACCGUGGUCCUGGCCCCUACCACACCACCACCACCACCACCACCACCACCACCACCACCACCACCAACCACCAACCACCAGGAGGUCAAGGUCAAGGUCAAGGUCAUGGUCAUGGUCAUGUUCAUCAUCCAUCCUUCGUCCCUGGGGUGGCUGACACGCGAUUCGUUUGAAGGAGAGGUUUCCAUGAGGUUCCAUCAUCCCAGGAUUCGAAUGAUCGAAGGGCCAUUCCAGGCCGAUCAUUAGGGUUUCCGGGGGGUUUGGUGGUGGUCACCGCGGUCACCGUGGUCACCUGGGUUGUCGCGCGCCCCUCAGCAGAGUUUUGGCUAACAUUCUCUCU